AUGUGGUCCCCGGAGCGGGAGGCCGAGGCCCCAGCCGGGGGAGACCCGGCGGGCCUACUGCCCCCCGAGUGGGAGGAGGAUGAGGAGCGCAUGUCCUUUCUGUUCUCCGCUUUCAAAAGGAGUCGCGAGGUGAACAGCACCGACUGGGACAGCAAGAUGGGCUUCUGGGCUCCGUUGGUGCUGAGCCACAGCCGCCGCCAGGGGGUGGUGCGCCUGCGUCUGCGGGACUUGCAGGAGGCCUUUCAGCGCAAGGGCAGUGUCCCGCUGGGGCUGGCCACCGUGCUGCAGGACCUACUACGCCGGGGGGAGCUGCAGCGGGAGUCAGACUUCAUGGCCAGUGUAGACAGCAGCUGGAUCUCCUGGGGGGUUGGAGUCUUCCUGCUGAAGCCCCUCAAGUGGACUCUUUCCAACAUGCUAGGGGACAAUAAGGUUCCUGCUGAAGAGGUGCUCGUGGCUGUGGAGCUGCUGAAGGAGAAGGCUGAGGAGGUGUAUCGUCUGUAUCAGAACUCCCCUCUCUCCUCCCACCCUGUGGUGGCCCUGUCCGAGCUGAGCACCCUGUGUGCAGGCUCCUGCCCGGAUGAGAGGACCUUCUACUUGGUGUUGCUGCAGCUGCAGAAAGAGAAGAGAGUCACGGUUCUCGAGCAGAACGGGGAAAAGAUUGUGAAGUUUGCCCGAGGGCCACAUGCCAAGGUCUCUCCUGUCAACGACGUAGAUGUUGGGGUAUACCAGCUGAUGCAGAGUGAACAGCUGCUCUCACGCAAAGUGGAGUCCUUAUCCCAGGAAGCAGAGAGGUGUAAAGAAGAAGCCCGCCGGGCAUGCCGAGCAGGAAAGAAACAACUGGCACUGAGAUCUCUCAAGGCCAAGCAACGGACAGAGAAGCGCAUUGAAGCCCUUCAUGCCAAGCUAGACACUGUUCAAGGCAUCCUGGACCGGAUCUAUGCCUCCCAGACAGAUCAGAUGGUUUUCAAUGCCUAUCAGGCCGGGGUAGGAGCGCUAAAACUCUCCAUGAAGGAUGUCACAGUGGAGAAGGCAGAGAGCCUUGUGGAUCAGAUCCAAGAGCUGUGUGACACCCAGGAUGAAGUUUCUCAGACUCUGGCGGGUGGGGUGACCAAUGGCUUAGAUUUUGACAGUGAGGAACUGGAGAAGGAAUUGGACAUCCUUCUUCAGGAUACCACCAAAGAACAUUUUGAUCUGCCUGAAAACCCCCCUGAGACAUUUUAUACCAACAGUGUGCCUAACCCUAGGAUCUCGGACGCUGAACUUGAAGCCGAACUUGAGAAACUGUCCUUAUCAGAGGGAGGUUUGGUCCCAAGCAGUAAAUCUCCAAAAAGGCAAUUGGAACCGACUCUCUAAAGCCAUUCUAGGACCCUCAAGUGAA